GGGAGGGGGCGGGGCAGGACAGGCGAGGGGUAUAUAAGGGGCAGCAAGGAGGCGGAGGACAGGCAUUCCCUUGGCGGACGUGGUGCAGUGCAGGAGUCUCCUCAACGCUCUUGUUCGCUUACCUCAUCUCCGCUCCCCCUAAUUAAUCGUCAAGAUGCGUGAGUGCAUCAGUGUCCACGUGGGCCAGGCUGGUGUGCAGAUUGGCAAUGCAUGCUGGGAACUGUACUGCCUUGAACACGGGAUCCAGCCAGAUGGACAAAUGCCUUCUGAUAAAACUGUGGGAGGCGGUGAUGACUCCUUCAACACCUUCUUCAGCGAGACAGGCAGUGGCAAGCAUGUCCCCCGCGCCGUGUUUGUGGACCUGGAACCCUCUGUCAUUGACGAGGUAAGAACAGGGACAUACCGCGCCUUGUUCCACCCUGAGCAGCUGAUUACAGGGAAGGAGGAUGCCGCUAACAACUAUGCGAGAGGUCAUUACACCAUUGGCAAGGAGAUUGUUGACGUGGUUCUUGAGAAAGUCCGAAAAUUGGCCGAUCAGUGCACAGGUCUGCAAGGCUUCCUCAUCUUCCACUCCUUCGGGGGCGGCACCGGGUCUGGCUUCACGUCCCUGUUGAUGGAACGUCUGUCUGUUGAUUACGGCAAGAAGAGUAAACUGGAGUUUGCCAUCUAUCCCGCGCCCCAGGUGGCUACAGCUGUGGUGGAGCCCUAUAACUCUAUCCUGACGACCCACACCACCCUGGAGCACUCAGACUGCGCCUUCAUGGUCGAUAACGAAGCAAUUUAUGAUAUUUGCAGGAGGAAUCUUGAUAUUGAAAGGCCAACAUACACAAAUCUAAACCGCUUGAUUGGCCAGAUCGUGUCCUCUAUCACUGCUUCCCUCAGGUUCGACGGGGCCCUGAAUGUGGACCUUACCGAGUUCCAGACCAACCUUGUACCCUACCCUCGUAUUCACUUCCCCCUGGUGACCUAUGCUCCUGUUAUCAGCGCGGAAAAGGCUUAUCAUGAACAUCUGUCAGUGGCUGAGAUAACUAAUGCUUGUUUUGAACCCGCUAACCAGAUGGUUAAAUGCGACCCACGCCACGGGAAGUACAUGGCGUGCUGUCUGCUGUUCCGUGGCGAUGUAGUGCCCAAGGAUGUUAAUGCUGCUAUUGCUGCCAUAAAGACGAAAAGAACCAUUCAGUUUGUCGAUUGGUGCCCCACUGGCUUCAAGGUUGGCAUCAAUUAUCAGCCUCCAACGGUGGUGCCCGGAGGAGAUCUGGCCAAGGUAGCGAGGGCAGUGUGCAUGCUGUCCAACACUACCGCCAUCGCUGAGGCUUGGGCUAGACUGGACCACAAGUUCGAUCUUAUGUACGCCAAGAGGGCCUUCGUACACUGGUACGUGGGUGAAGGCAUGGAGGAAGGAGAAUUUUCAGAAGCACGGGAGGACCUGGCUGCGCUGGAGAAGGAUUACGAAGAAGUUGGUCUCGAUUCCGCCGAAGGGGAGGGGGAGGAGGAGGAGGGACAGGAGUAUUAGGACCCUUACCCCCUGAUAAUGUCCCUUAAAUACCCUCAGAUACCCUUAAAUGCCCGUAAAAAGCCAUUUAAUAACGAUACUGCAAUGCGGUCACCCCUUCAUUACAGUGAUUCUAAGUUAACAACCCUUAACUGCUAAAUUAUGUAACCUACACUCCUUUAACACGCAUCUAAGACAAGAACAACACCACAACAACCUCAACACCAAAUAACAACACCCUCCAACACCCCUAACACACUAAAAAUCUCAUUACUCGUGAUAUUUACCUCUACCACCCCCUACACCCCCACUAUUUAAUCACAGCCUCCCCUACACCCUAUGUCCUGUCCCCUACCUCCUGCCCACACCCCUCCCCAGGCUCUAUAUAGUGUUUUUAAUUGUUUACGUGUGUUUUUUACAUAAUUAUUCAUGUGGUCGUAUUGUAAACAUCAAGAAAGUGUGUGUUUUUUUCUUUUUCAACGGGGGUAACAUUGCAGUGCUUUGUUUAUCCUGAUGAUGAUGAUGAUGGUUGGUGAUCAGGAUUUCUUACGGGGUAGCAAUUUUUAUUGGUUUAUUUUUAUUUGUUGAUCCUGAUGAUGAUGAUGAUGAUUGAUGAUGAAAGAAGUAAUUGAUUUUAACAAGAUUAUAUUAAAGAGCUGGAUUUAUAUAAUUGUUUUGAGCUUAGAAGGAUUGGUGGAUAAAAUAAUGUAAAAAAAAUGAAUUAUUUAAAUGUUUAUGGAACGGUACACGAAAAAAAAAUAGAUAAAUAAAGCUAAAGGAACGAAUGAUUUAAAAGCUAAAGGAACGUUAUAUUGAAAAGCUUUCUGGAAUUAUUUAAAAAAAGGAAGAAUUAUUUUUAAAGGAAGAGAAAAGAACACAUUAUUCAAGAAAGAAAUAAUUAUUUAACAAGGAAUGAGGUAAAACUGAAUUAAUAUUUAAAACAGAACGAAUUGAUUUAAAGAUAAAGGGAUAAAUUGAUAAUGACGAAAUAUUAAAAAAAAACGGAACGCAUUAAUUUAAAGUUAAAGGAACGAUGAUAAGUCGGUUACACAGCGAUACAGGAGAGCUGAGUGAACGUGCUACUUAAAAAUAAAGAAUUAUUUAACGAAGAAUGAUUUAAAAGUUAAGCAAAUAAUAAAAAAAAAAAAAAAAAUGGAAUGAAUUAAUUGAAAGCUAAAGGAACGAAUGACAGGUCGGUUAUACAGCGAUACAGGAGAGCUUAGAGGACGUACAUUGCACACUUUCCCUUAUAUUAAUAAGAAGUAUUUAAUGAUUUGAGGUGCCAAAGAUUACAUUAAUAAUUAUUUAUGUGCCAAAGAAAUAAAGUGAUGUUGUAAAUUGCCUUUGUAAGAAAUUAAUAGAUAUUGUUAUUAUUAUUAUUACAUUAGAUUGAGGCUUUUACUGUGAGUUUAUAUAAUCGUGUGUGUGUGUUUUGAUAUAUUAGAUAAAUUUAAUUGAGAAAACAGUGUAAUUAUAUAGAAAAAAAAAAUAAUAAUUAGCUAGGAAUUAUUAUUAUUACUAUCAUUAUUAUUAUUGUCAUUAUUAUUACAAAGAUUUAAUUCAGAACAAAACAGAACAUGUAUUAGCUAGAGAAAAAAAAAUUAUUAUUAUUAUUACUAUUAUUAUUAUUAUUAUUAUUAUUAUUAUUAUUAUUAUUAUUAUUAUCAUUAUUAUUAUAACAUAACCUAACCUAACCCCCCCCAAUGAGACCCCAGCCAUCCCCCCCCCACUCCAGUCGACCCCCACCCCCCCUCAAUAGGACAGCAGGAAGAGGAGGAGUCACAAACAAACAGACAAACAAACGAAAAACAAAUAAACAAAAAAAAAAUGCUUAACCCCCCCGCCCCCCCCUUAUAAAAAUGAUAUAUUGAGGUGAUGAUGAUAAACAAUAAAAAUUCAUAACAUUCAAUCUA